UGUCAUGCAUUUCAAUGGGGACAUCCACAAUGGAGUAGAAUUGCAAUGCCCCCUUUUGGUUGAAGGCUCCGUUGCGAGACGGACGCCGUGUACUUUUACAUUUUUCAAACUAUGCUUCGUCUUCAGUCCAGCCAGAGUCCGUCGAAGAACAUGAAGUUACCAAACCACAGAAGAUGAAAAUAUGUUGUUUUCGGGGUGAUGGCUUUAUGGGAUAGCUAGCAACUUGUAAACAAUUACCCAUUCCUAUAACCUAAACCAGGCCUUUCACCCCUGGCCUCAUCCCACCUCGUUUCCAUGUCAUCGCCCCCUGUCUCCCCGUCCCAGUCGCAUCUCAAGUACGUGUCCCUGGGCGUGCUGGUGCUGCAGACCACCUCACUGGUGCUCACCAUGAGGUACUCGCGCACACUGCAGGGCGAGGGGCCCCGCUACCUGGCCUCCUCAGCCGUGGUGUCGGCCGAACUGCUUAAGAUCCUCAUCUGCCUGCUGCUCGUCUUCUAUGACAACAACUUCAGUAUUCGUGUGUUGAAUCGGGUGCUGAAGGAAGAGAUUCUCAACAAGCCCAUGGAGACAUUGAAGCUGGCCAUCCCAUCAGGCAUCUACACACUCCAGAAUAACCUUCUCUAUGUCGCCCUGUCCAACCUGGACGCUGCUAGCUACCAGGUGACGUACCAGCUGAAGAUCCUGACCACGGCCCUGUUCUCAGUGUCCAUGCUGGGGAAGAGACUGGGGCUCUACCAGUGGCUCUCCUUGCUCAUCCUCAUGACUGGUAUCGCUCUUGUACAGUGGCCUACAGAGUCUCUGGGUGGGAUCUCUCCGACGCCUCUGUCUGCAGGCUCCCAGUUAGUAGGUGUGAUAGCCGUACUGAUAGCCUGCUUCUCCAGUGGCUUCGCUGGAGUCUACUUUGAGAAGAUCCUCAAAGAGACCAAACAGAGUGUGUGGGUCCGCAACCUCCAGCUAGGUUUGUUUGGCCUGGUGUUUGGUCUAAUGGGAGUGUUUGUGUACGACGGAGAGAGAGUGAGGGAGUCCGGAGUGUUCCAAGGCUACAACUCAAUCACCUGGACUGUUGUGGCCCUGCAGGCUCUGGGUGGGUUGGUCAUAGCAGCAGUCAUUAAGUAUGCAGACAACAUCCUGAAGGGGUUCGCCACCUCACUCUCCAUCAUCCUGUCAACACUCAUAUCCUACUUCUGGUUGGAGGACUUCAACCCCACCAGUGUGUUCUUCCUAGGAGCAGUGCUGGUCAUCGCUGCCACCUUCCUGUAUGGUUAUGAGGGUAAGAUGCCUGCCGCCAGCCACAGCAGAGUCUAGAUGGAGACCCACCACCACAGCCCUGGAACCCCAAAGAAGAGACACACAGAGAAAGAGGGCAAGAUGGAGUGAGGAAUAGGUUGCUGAGGAGGACGAGGUUCACCUACUCAGGAGGAGUACAACUUCUGGAAAAAUAGUGUAGGCGGAAGUAGUCCUACGAUGUUUAACGCACACAAUAGAUAGAUAGGAGUCGCCUGAAGACGGAAUGACUGAGACAGCCAACACAGACUGGGUUUUGUUUGUCCAAUCAAGAUGGAGGGCAACAACAGCUGUAGCUCAGCUGGUAGAGCACGGCGCUUGUAACGCCAAGGUAGUGGGUUCGAUCCCCGGGACCACCCAUACA